CACGUGUCGGGGCGCACACGUCGACGCGGUUGGCAUGAGAUAUAAGUGAAACUACGACACACAACAUACACGUCUACAGAAUUCAAAAGACGUUUUAUUCGGUUACAUUUAAUUUAACUUAAUUGUUUAAACAAAUUUUUAAUUCGUUUUUUUAAUAAACUAACCUUUUCGGUAAACGAAAAAACAAUCGAAAUGGCACCGAAACAGAGAAUGCGCAUCGCCAACGAAAAAGCCACGAAGAAUAUCAAUCUUCGUGGAAAUGUACCGAAAUCAUCGAAACCACAAGAUGAAGGAUCACCAGUUGGACCAUGGUUAUUAGCACUUUUCAUAUUUGUUGUUUGCGGGUCAGCCAUCUUUCAAAUAAUUCAAAGUAUCAGAAUGGCUUAAAAGGAUGAUAAAUGUGAAAGAAAAGGAUAAAUGAUAUCGUUACUGUUGAUAUAAUGAACUAUUUACAAAAAUAUCAAUCUACAAAUGCUGUCAUCAUUUUUCAACAAACUAACAAUUUUGAGACGGGUCUAAGUGGUACAGUGAAGGUGAAAAUGUCUUCAUACGUACAAGUUUUUAAUAUCAUCUAGAGAAUUCUAUUUUCCCUUUGCUAAUGGCUCAAAGAUUAUUUAUAAAAAAAAAAAAAUAAACUUAGCAUUUACAAGCGUUUAACUUAAACUCAUAUUAUGCAUUGAUGGAAGCAAAGAUUAUACAUUUUAUAAAUUAUUACACGAUAUAAUUAUAUUUUAAUC